AUGUUCUUCCCUGUAUUUUGCUUUACUUUAUUGGUUAUAUUUAAUGAAAAUGUUUCGAGUCGAUCAAUUUCCUCUUCUAUGAAUGUUAAUUGUACUUAUAAUCAUGAUGGACGUCAUUUAAAAGAAGGUGAAAGUAUUGAAAUAAAAGGUAAACUUUAUAAAAUCGAAGAUUGUGAUCUUCAUCGUGCAUAUCAUGCUUGUGGAACAUAUCUGUUACAGAUGGUCAGCAUUGCUUGUGAAGCUGUUGAACAACAAAAAACAAACAAAGUUGAUAAAAAACGUUUUCGAAGAUUUUUACAACGGAAAUUAUUGACUGAUGCCUGUUGUCACACAUUAUGUACGGUUGCUGAAAUGACACGAUAUUGUCGUUAG